AUGGAUAAUCCAUUGCACGAUACUUCGAAAGAAGAAUACGUAGCGGAAAAUAUACGAUGGACACCCAUAGAAUAUUUUAACAAUGCAAUAGUAGUUGAAUUAUUGGAAGGUAAAAGACCACCGGGAUUAUUUUUGGUAUUAGAUGACGUUUGUGCAACGCUUCAUGGCAGUAGUACUGGUGCUGAUGCUGGUUUACAAAAGAAAUUGACGAUUGCAGCGAACCAGCACGCGCACUUUCAAAAUACAGCCGAAGGUUUCGCCAUUCUUCACUAUGCCGGAGUCGUAUCCUACUCGGUCGAUGGUUUCUGCGAUAAAAACCGUGACGUACUUUUCCUAGACUUGAUAGAACUGAUGCAGACGAGUACAAACCCUUUGGUACGUAAUCUUUAUCCACCUGAAAGAGAUAUUUACAAAACGAAGACAUUACAAAAAUCUCGGCCAACAACGGCCGGAAAUAAAAUAAGAACUCAAGCAAGCCGUUUGGUUGGACAAUUAAUGAAGUGUACGCCGCAUUACAUUCGUUGUAUAAAACCUAACGAAACGAAAAAACCUAGGGAUUGGGAUCAGGUCAGAGUCAAACAUCAGGUCGAGUAUUUAGGUUUAAAGGAAAAUAUCAGAGUACGCAGAGCAGGAUUCGCUUAUCGAAGACCAUUCGAAAAAUUUCUUCACAGAUAUGCGAUUCUGACAAAAGAAACCUGGCCACGUUGGACCGGAGACGAGAAACGUGGCGUGGAAUACAUACUUGGAAGUAUUAGCAUUGAUAGAUCGCAAUAUCAACUUGGAAGAUCCAAAUUAUUCAUCAAGGCACCCGAAACGCUUUUCAUGUUGGAAGAAGCAAGGGAUCGAAAAUACAAUUUGUACGCGCGAAUAAUUCAAAAAGCGUUUAAAAAAUAUUUCACGCGAAAGAGACAGGCCCAACAAAAACAGGAAGCUGCCGAUUUGUUGUUCGGUCAUAAGGAACGGAGACGGGCAAGUUUGAAUCGAAACUUUGUGGGUGAUUAUAUAGGAAUGGAGGCCAAACCAUUGACGAUGAAUUUAAUUGGCAGAAGAGAGAAGGUCUUAUUCGCAGAAAUUGUUAAGAAAUAUGACAGAAGGUUUAAGUUAUGCAGAAGAGAUCUUUUGCUUACCGGUAAAUUCCUAUAUUUGAUUGGUCGUGAACAAAUCAAAAAGGGUCCUGAAAAAGGUAAAACCGUGGAAAUAAUCAAAAGAAAAUUAUCAUUCGAACAAAUAAGUUACGUUUCAUUGAGCACGCUACAAGAUGACUUCGUUGUAAUACAUACUAAAGAGGAUUAUGCUAGUCUAUUGGAAUUAGUCUUCAAGACGGAAUUCUUAUCCUUGUUAAGUAAAAAAUAUAUGGAAGAAGUUGGACACGCUUUGAUAAUAAGAUUUAAUAAUAAUAUAGAGUACAAGGUUAAGAAAGAGGGUUGGGGUGGUGGAGGUACGAGACAAUUAAUAUUCAAUCAAAUCGAUUAUAGUGAUAAGGAAAUAUUGAAAUCAAGUGGAAAGAUCUUGAAUGUUAGUAUCGGACCAGGUUUACCCAGUACUACUAAACCAAAUCCGAAUAGAUCGACUACCAUGAAUUUUCAUACGAUUUACAAAGAAAAUACUAACAAUUUUCAAAGUUCUCGUAAUAUUGGGAAAACGGUCAAUCAAAUGAGUCAAAUGAGAACAAUAGAAAAUACGGAUCGUGGAGGAAACGAUCAGACUUGUUCGAUUAGAUCGAAUAUCUCAACUAGAACUCCUGAUUUACAACCUAUCGCAGCUACAAGAAACGUUAAUACUAACACGUUGAAUACCGUUUCUAAUGGUAGACCAAGCAUACCACCUAAUCGACCAAAUAUUAGGCCAACGCUAUUUCAAAACAGUACCAAAGAUACUACUACUAAGAGUACAAAUAAACAACCCAACAAAUUGCAGAGUUCAAUCACGAUGAUGGGAAUGUUCACGAAUCCUGGUGGUGGUCCACGUGGUUUGUUAAAAUUUCCCCCACCACCAACGGACCCACCACCGAUGCAAGAUAACACAAGAUACUCGUCUGGAUUUAAAUUACCUCCGUUAAAUACUAAAGAAUAUAACAAUAAUAAUAACAAGGAUCAACAUUUUUUAAAUAGUAGAAUAAAACGUAUCGAAGGUGGUGGAGCUAGUGCUAAAGAUAUAAAUGUAUCACGUAAUACGGUUAAUCCUAAUCAAAUGCGUCCGCAAAAACCACCUCCACCAAAUUUACCUAAGGUCAAGGCAAUUUAUGAUUACAGCCCACAAGAUCUCGAUGAGCUUACAUUAAAGGAAGGUGACGUAAUCGAAGUAAUCAAAGAACACGAGGGUGGAUGGUGGCACGGAAGACUGAAAGGAAAAACUGGCCUUUUUCCUUCGAAUUACGUAGCAAAAGUGUAGAAUAUUAGCUGAAAUUAAAUUCAAAUCUAAUCGUUAGUAAAUUUGUAUAAGAAAUAAAAAACUAUUA